GUCGCGUAGCAACCGCGGGCUCACCUUUGGAAGCUUGUUGUAGCUCUAGCCACGGUCCUGCCUUCCUCCCGCCCGUCCCCUCCCCCAAACUCCCUUCACCUAGGAGCUGCCAAACAUCUGGAUCGACCUGGGCACUGGGAGGGGUUGAAUUUCUAUCAGUAUUGCGCUUUUGAACAUUUUUUUCCCCGACCUUCUUCUCACAUUCGUAAGCCCCGUGAUUCUUAGUCCACUUUUUUUUUUUUUUUUAAUGAGAACAAGACAUCUCCUAGGAAGAUGGUGGCAGAAAAAGAGACCCUAAGCUUAAACAAAUGCCCAGACAAGAUGCCGAAGAGGACCAAGCUUCUGGCCCAACAGCCGCUCCCGGUGCACCAGCCGCACUCCCUGGUUUCCGAGGGCUUCACAGUCAAAGCCAUGAUGAAAAACUCCGUCGUGAGAGGCCCUCCCACCGCAGGGGCAUUUAAAGAAAGGCCAACAAAGCCCACGUCAUUUCGGAAGUUUUACGAGCGAGGAGACUUCCCGAUCGCCCUUGAGCACGACUCGAAAGGAAACAAAAUAGCCUGGAAGGUGGAAAUUGAGAAGCUGGACUACCAUCAUUACCUGCCGCUGUUCUUCGACGGGCUUUGUGAGAUGACGUUUCCCUAUGAGUUUUUUGCCCGCCAAGGAAUCCACGACAUGCUGGAACACGGGGGCAACAAGAUCCUUCCUGUCAUCCCUCAGCUCAUCAUCCCGAUAAAAAAUGCUCUGAACCUCCGAAACCGACAGGUCAUCUGCGUCACGCUCAAGAUCCUCCAGCAUCUGGUUGUGUCUGCUGAGAUGGUGGGUGAAGCGUUGGUGCCCUAUUACCGUCAGAUCCUCCCCAUCUUGAACAUCUUCAAGAAUAUGAAUGUGAACUCCGGGGAUGGCAUCGACUACAGCCAGCAGAAGAGGGAGAACAUCGGGGACCUGAUCCAGGAGACAUUAGAGAUCUUCGAGCGCUACGGAGGGGAGGACGCCUUCAUCAACAUCAAGUACAUGGUCCCCACCUACGAGUCGUGCUUGCUGAACUAGCGGGGGAGAGCGCUGCCUCGGAGGAAGGCGUCCGAGGGAGGCCUGCUUCUCGGUCCCUGCUGCCUGGGCCAUCUCGCUAUUUGUGACUCCCACAGCUUUCUUUGCCACAGCUGCUAAGACAGCGGCUUCUGGGCCAUUGGACUGCUCGCCCUAUUGAGAGCAAGGCUUCCAGAACAUAAACGGUGCCUGUUUCUGAGAUUACAAUAGUGUUCUGUGCUUAUUUGUUCCACGAGGAGAAAUGCUUCUUUAUGCAGCUCGGACAGAAGCAGGCGUCCGAGUUAAACCUGCCCUUGUAUAGACAAUAAACUAUCAUUUUCAUA